AUGCAAAAUCGUGAAGGAGAAAUUCUUACCGACUGGAGUUUGUUUGGUGCACCUUCAACCAAUGAAGAUGGUGGGAGAACCAGAGAUUCUUACAUGUUCAGAUGUUGCGAUUCACUAUUGCAGAAUAUUAAUGUCGAUGAAGAUUCUGUCGUUGAAGGUUGCAGAUCAGCAAAGAUGAAAUCCAGAGAGAUAUUGAAGAAGAAGAAGAAGGUUCAUAUAAGAUCAUCGAUUAAUAAAGAUAUUGCUUAUGAUUCAAAGCAUAGAUCAUGGCAAGUUAUGAUACGCCGGUUUGGUCAUGAAGAAGGUAAUGAAGAUGGAAGCAAACUAAAGUUGCAUUUCAAACACGAUAAGGCCACACAGAAAGCGAUGAUGAGAAUCAAAGUGAAGAGUCAAUGGUCAACUGGUCGCCAAAUGUGCAUCUUUAAGUGUGUUUCUCAUAUUUGUAGUAUAUUUUUGGAUAUUGUAAAUGGUGUUGGAUAUUUGUAA